UUCAGUCUGUAUCUUUCUACUGUGAUUGUUUGGUUGAGAUUUUUUAUUGCAUUUUUGGCGCUCUAAUUACGUUUGUAAUCGCAACCAGAGAUUUUUUUUAGAAAUAACUAUCACCCAAAAGAACAAAACAAAAGCGGAUCAAAGAAACGUUUUAAAUGAUCAAUGAUCAUAUUACAGCUCGAUAAACACAAAUUUAUUGAGUGAGCGUUCCAUCGUCACGAAAGCCAAUCGAAGCAAGUUUGUCUGGUGUAACCGAAAAUUUAAAGUGGCUCGUUGAUAUCAACGAGAUUUGGUUUUAAUUCGGCAUCUUGAUUCCGUGAACGAAUUUCGGCAAUCCAUUAGCCAUGUCAACCAAAACUCUCGAAUAUGCGAUCAAAGGUAUUUUAUUAACCGGCCAAGAUUUGUAUUUGAGUGAAAUAAUGGCCGAUUUCCACUUCAUUUGUAAGUCAUCCGAUGAGUCCGAUGAGCGUAUUCCGGUGCACAAAUUGCUCUUGGCCGGUAUCAGCGAUGUUUUCCGAGCAAUGUUCCAUGGAUGGAAAGAGAAAGUCGAUGUUGUGCUUCCCGAUGCCACAGCCGCCGAAUUCAAGGAAUUUUUACAAUUCUUCUACUUGGGACGGGCAAAAUUGACAAUGGACAACAUAGCCAAGGUUAUGUACCUUGGAGACAAAUACAACGUCACCGAAUGUAUUAAUGCAUGUGUAAAAUUUCUGCGCCAAACUCUUACCGACGACAACUAUUGCUGUGGCUUCUGGCUUGCCAUUCUCUACAAUCAAAGCGAUUUAAAACGAUUCUGUGAGCUGAUGAUUGCCAUCAAUACGAAAGCUGUUUUUUCAUCGGCCAGUUUUUUGCAAUGCGACAAAGACGUGCUGGGCCACAUUUUGCGAAUGGACACACUGACUUGUUCGGAAUCAAAAGUCUUUCGAGCGUGCAUGGAAUGGGUGAAAAGUACUAGUGGAGCGACCGAACUGACAAGAUCCAUUGUUCAAAAGUGUCUCGGCCAUUUAUUUUACGAGUUUUCCUUCAAAUCGAUGACACCACAACAGUUUGCCAGACUUGUUCCAUCAUAUGGCCGCAUAUUUUCGGUUGAAGAAUACAGUGAUAUCACUCAAUCGACAGCGAUUCAACAUUUCAAGCCAAAUAUCUUCAAACAAACACCUCGAACUACAAAUCUUUAUUUCGAUGACAUGGAAAAGAUAGAAUGUGAUCGACUGGUCGCAUUGGACUUUUCACGGAGUCCGUAUUGUAUCAAAAGUAUUGAAACGACCGUUUUUUCCGUCAAUGAACCACUGCUUCUAAGGCAAAUCGAGUUCAGCCAAGUGGGCGAAUUUAAAUCGAAUGAAUACUGUGCCAUCGUCAAAUUGUCGACCGAAAUAAAAAUCGUACAAUUGACAAAAUCAGCAUCUUCUAACGUAGAACUUAGUCUGUACGAAGGGAAUACGUACUUGAAAUCGGAACUCACUUAUAUGACUUUGUCGAAGCCAAUUCUUAUUAGGCCGGGAGUCAUGUAUGAAAUUCAAAUGAAACAAACACCAAUACAGAACUUCUGCACAGGAAACAUUCUAAAGACCGAGGUUCAAAUGGAAUCGAACAUCAUUGUACAGUUUCAUCGCGAUCCGAUCGUGGGAAAUGAUAUUGUCGCCAGAGGAAUGAUUCGCAAACUUGAAUUCUAUCGAUUUUAAAUAUUACCAACUAAACGAGUCUUUGUCAUCAAACGCAAUUAAAUAUAUAAUAAGUUUUUGGUUUGAAAAUCAUUCCAAUGAUAUCAAUUUCAUUUUUUAAACAAUUUAUAAAAGAAAGAAAUAGUACUGAA